AUGGCGUCAAGGUUACUCCGCGGAGCUGGAGCUUUGGCCUCCCAGGCCCUGAGGGCCCGGGGUCCAAAUGGAGUCUCCGUGGUGCGCUCUAUGGCGUCUGGAGGUGGUGUUCCUACUGAUGAAGAGCAGGCGACUGGGCUGGAGAGGGAGGUCAUGCUGGCUGCACGCAAGGGACAGGACCCGUACAAUAUACUUGCCCCAAAGGCAACCUCAGGUACCAAGGAAGACCCUAAUUUAGUCCCUUCCAUCACCAACAAGCGGAUAGUGGGCUGCAUCUGUGAAGAAGACAACAGUACUGUCAUCUGGUUCUGGCUGCACAAAGGCGAGGCCCAGCGUUGCCCCAGUUGUGGAACCCAUUACAAGCUGGUGCCACACCAGCUGGCCCACUGA